AUGUUUAACCGGAGCGGUGGUACCGGUUGUGCGGGGCCGGCUGGGGGUGGCUCCCGCGGGACCGGCCGGGCGCUGCGGGCACCCCGAGCACCGGGUGCUGGGGGCCUCAUGGAACCAGAGGGGGAGCGGGGCGGGGACCCCCAGCCGGACCCCCGGCCCAGGACGCUCCCACGGGGCCAGGACAGACCGAGUCCUGGAGAGGAGCGGCGGGGGCCCGUGGAGGGCAGAGAGACGCGUCUGAGAGUGGUGCUAAGGGUCCGGCCACUGACCUGCACGGAGACGCGCCGAGGUGACCAGCAAGUUGUGCACAGCCUCGGUGACGGCGCCGUCCACGUAAGCGCGGCCAGGCACGAUGCCACCUUUGGCUUCAGCGCCGUGUUCGACGCCGGCGCCUCGCAGGAGGCUGUGUUCGAAGGCAGUGGGAUGAGGCAGCUGGUGGAGCUGGCCAUGGACGGCUUCUCCUGCACCGUCUUUGCCUUCGGGCAGACAGGCUCGGGGAAGACCUACACCCUCAUGGGCCCUCUCGGCCAGAGCGAGACCCAGCCGGCGUCCCCGGCCCUGCUGGGGCUGAUGCAGAGAUCUUUCACCUGCCUCCUGGAGCAGAGCCGGAGCCGUGCCUCUGACCUGGCUCUCAGCGCUUCCUACCUGGAGAUCUACAACGAACAGGUAAGUGCCUGCCCAGCCCCCGCUCCGGCCCUGCUGGCACCCCGUGCCCCGCUCCCCCGGUGCCUUCCCCCUGCCAUAUCCCAGGUCCGGGACCUGCUGAGCCCGGGACCGCCGUGCCCGCUGCCCCUGCGCUGGAGCAAAACCCGCGGCUUCUACGUGGAGAACCAGCUCAGUGUGGAAUUCGAGAGCCUGGAGGCCAUCGUCAGCCUGCUCCUGCAAGGUACCGAGCCACAGGCACGGGGCUGGACAUGUUCAGGGCAUGCUAGACCCGGAUCCCAGAGGCGCCGGACCUCGGCACAUGCCCUCAACAGGCACUCGAGCCGCAGCCACGCCCUUCUGACCGUCCACGUCCGCAGCCGAGCCGCCAGCGCCUGCCCCAGCAAGCAGGGCACGCUGUGCUUCGUGGACCUGGCUGGCAGCGAGAGGGUAAAGGAGACAGGCUCCAGCGGGGAGCUCUCCGUGGAGGCCAACAGCAUCAACCGCAGCCUCCUGGCGCUGGGACACUGCAUCUCCCUGCUGGCCAAACCCCGAGGGAAGCGAACUCACAUCCCCUACCGGGACAGCAAGCUCACCCGGCUGCUGGCUCGCUCCCUGGGCGGCUCGGGCAUCACCCUGAUGGUCGCCUGCAUCUCCCCCUCCUCACGCUGCCUCUCAGAGACCCUGAGCACGCUGCACUACGCCAGCCGUGCCCGGAGGGUCACCACCAAACCCCUGGCCAACAGGGUGUCCCGGGAGAAGCUGCUGCAAACCUUGGAGCGAGAAAUCCAUGCCCUGCAGCUGGAAAACCUCUCCCUGCGCCAGCAGCUGUGCCUGCCCAGAGUGCCAGUGAGGGGCACGGAGGUCACAGGGAACCCUUCAAAAGCAUGGGCGGGCUCUAGAGACAGGCACGGCCCUGCAGGGCAGCUCCCAGCAGAGGGAACCCCAGCCUGGCCCAGCCUCUACGGUCUCCUGCGGGACUUCGUGGUGGAGAACGAGCAGAUGAGAGUCACCCGCAGCUCCUGUGACAGCCAGCCCCUGCUCCGGACUGCCCGCAGCCUGCACGUCCCCCAGAGGCUCUCGGUGAGGCAGCGGCGGCCGGACACCACCCCCAGCUCCGUGCCCCGGCUGCCGAAGCUCCCUCCUGCCUCCAGCCGCCCCAGCUGCCCAGGGUGCCCACAGUGCUGCCCUGGGCCAGCUGAUGCCACCAUGUUCCAGGUGCUGCCAGUGCCCGCUGUGCCACAGUCAGUGCCCCCUGAGGGAAGUGCUGGACAGGAGGACAUGGCUCUGCCUGGCUCCCAUCACCCCCACGGGCACCCCCAGCUGCACCAGAGGCAGCGGAGUCGUGGCAGGAGCAGGAGCUUGUCUCAGCAGCACCCGCUGCAGCGGGAGCUGCCAGGCCCUGAGCGCGUCCCCAGCCCCGAGGGAAGGGUCAUCCCUUCAGCACCGCCGUGGCCAGGGCUGCCAGAGCCCAGAGCUGCCGGCACCGUCCCUCUCCUCCAGUGGGAAGAGGCACUGGACUGGCUGGCAGAGCAGAUCUGAGCUGCCACAGGCACACCACGGAUGGGGCCAGCAUCAGGGAUCUGGCACAGACUGGGGGGACAACCACAGCCCUCGGGGACACGGGACCUUGGACUGCAAAGACUGCACAAACCAUGGCACAGACGGUUGGAUGGACGGACAGACAGAGCUCUCCAGCCUGCAUGGCCCUCACAGUUUAUUUCUGUCUAGCUGGGGCUGUGCUGCUGGUGGCUCCAGGGAUCCCAUCAGGUGCUCUCCUCCCCGGGCUGGGGGCAGUCCAGCCAGUACUGGGCGAUGGAGCGGGGGUAGCGCGGCCGCACCAGGUCCACGCGCUUGGUGCGCAGGUUGACGCGGUAGUACUUGUCUGGGGAAGGGGACAUGGCAGUCAGGACUGUCCCCAGCUCUGGGGAGCUGCCAGCCCUCACUGCCAGCACCUUCCCACUGCACCCCAGAGCCAUUGCAGAGAGACAGAGAAGCCCUCCCCAUGCCCCGUCAGCCCUGAUCCCGCAUCAUUCCUGGAUCCUGCCAGACCAGACUCACCUCCCACAAAGAAGUAAACACUCUGGAGCAUCUCACACGUGGAGCCCGACAGCCCAUCGCUUUCAACACCUGCUGAGUCGGGGUCAUUUUGCAGCCAGCUCCAGAAUCCCAAAUUCAGUGACCGGUGGUGGUUGUACCUCUUGCGCUGGCGGCGAGACUUCCUCCUGCGGGGCUGGUGGGAGGCCACG